AUGUUGACACGUCGGCAGAUCCCCCUGGCGUGGAUGGUACCUGACCCAGUCUCAAAUGAUAGAAAAUGGGCUACCACGCAAGCUCCAGCGGCCACGACCUCUGCCUAUGGGAAGUCCAACAUUCCCAAUUCGCCGACGCCCGAUUUCAAUGACGGUAAUAUCGACGACCUUGUCGAAGAAUUGCCAAUUCGUGAACGUCUACGGCAAUGGGCAAUAACAAACGAAAAUCUUGGACCGAGAGCCAUGCCUCCAGAUGCUUUCAUCUUUGGAAAUGUCGCCAACAGCUUCAGCCGAACGCAGUCAACGGGGUCGCGUGAACUUGAUCAACUGCGGUUAGCGACUCGAAGCAUGGCGGACGAGGAGGUAUCUGCUGUAGCCUCUGGCUCAAGGAACCCUGGAGAUCUAGUAGAAUUGAGACAACAAGGCUCUCGAGUCCCCGUAUUUGCGAUUUAUCUUGGCUACUUUGGCGACAGAAAUCACUUUUAUGCGGCCAAUGGGAGAUGGGUUACGAGCAUGGGAUUUUCCGCUCUAUUUACAGUUUCCAACUUUGCGACGAUGCAAGAGUUACAACCCGUGUUGGCCAAGAUUCCACGCCAUGGCAGUCCGGAGGAAUUCGAUGAGUUGCGCGACAAUGAUCAAGGGCCAUCAAGAGAAGAUGGCAUUGUGCUCAUUGAUAAGAUGACCCAGUUCAGGAGGUCUUCGGAAUCAGUCUAUCAGGCAAACAUGACCAAUCUUGAUAGAGCUCGCGAUCUCUUAUCGAGGCCUCGAGAGAUCAGGUAUCUCAGUCUGUUUGAAAUUGCCGAUAUCCUGCUCCCUGCAAAUAUGAAAGGAUCUCGGGGUUUCCCUCCUCCAGCUCUGUAUGCUGUUCACACAGCGCUAUCCCAAAACGACAUCGCAUUUAGCCCUCUGAGCCCAUCAGCUGACUGUCAUCGGCGUGACCACCUAUUUGAAAUUUUUCCUCAGAACCAUGCGCAGAUAAUCACUAAUAUUGCAGCUUGGGUACGCGCGUAUACUGACUCGAGUGCAAAGAAAUCACGCCUGCUCAACCGCACUGACCUAGGAGAGAUACCUCUGGGCAGAUUUAUUCUGGAAGCCCGUGAGGCUGUUGCAAAAAGCCGCGAGACCCGCGAAUGGACGCCACAUGGAAUUUUGAAAACGUCACCGAGCGUAACCUUGCCCGCAAGUGACUGGUCACCGGCUAGCAAAGACGUGAUACAAUUCCUCGAGUGGUGGGCGAGUUACAACUUGUUUGACGCGGGAUCCCGAUUCCAUUCGUACGGCGCCCUCAUUCUUCGGUCAUUAAACCUGUAUAGUGGUGCACCACUGGACCAAAGUACGGCAUGGACAUUUCUUCAAGAGAUCGGUGUUGUGGCUCCAUGGGAAAUUCCUUCUCGGUAUAGAGUACGUCUUCCAGGAACGUCAGUUACCAAAGGUGGUGGGAUUUCCCGUCCUGUGCCCCAAUCCCUGAGGAAGUCAAUACGGCCAGAUAUUGCGGAGGGUGCGAGAAAGCUACGAUCUGGAUCGCCAAUAUUCUGUAUCGAUGCACCCUCCACGAUGGUUAUUGACGAUGGUAUUUCUCUGGAACGUACUGAACAAGCUGGCGAGUUUUGGAUCCAUGUCCAUGCUGCCGACCCUGCUUCGGUCAUUAAGCCUGACUCGGAGCUGGGCAGGUUUAUGGAGCUAAUUCCAGAAAAUAUCUACCUUCCUGGCCAUUUCCAGGCAAUGCUGCCAUCGACCGUAGGAGAUGGUGACCUCAAGGACUACAAGUCAGAGAGUUUGGUGAAGCAAUAUUCGCUUCGAUCUGGUAGCCCAGCAUUAACUUUUAGCGCAAAGGUGAAUGAAGCUGGUGACAUUCUGGAUUACCGAGUUGAUGCCAGCACGCUGGAAGAUGUUGUAUACAUGGACCCCGAAGAUGUGGCCGACUUUUGUGGCGAGGAGACGCUGCCAUCUCCUACAGGCUACAAUUUUGAGGUUGGAACUCCCCCUGAUGUCAUCCAAACAACUCCUGAACGGCGCAUGAUGGCUACAAACGACUUGGGUGCAUCGAGCAAGGAUGACAUUUUAACUCUAUAUCGCCUCGCAGAAGCACUCAAGCAAAAGAGGCUAGGGAAAGGAGCUUGGCCACAUUUUUUCCCUCGGCCGUCGGUGCAGGUAUUCUUCAACGAUGCAAUACCGGAAGCCGAAGCAUCAGCUGGAGCAAUUUCCGUUCCACCGGAUCCGUACAUCAAAGUUGGCACCGAAACAUCUACUGGCUGCUCUGUGGUGUCCAACACCAUGGUUCUGGCAGGAGAAAUCGCAGCUCGCUGGUGCUGUGAGCGUGGCAUUCCCAUUCCGUAUCGCAAGGAUGAAAAGUCAGCGGAAAAUUUCGACGCAGCAUUCAACUUGGCAACAAAGGAGAUUUACCCCUUGAUUCACCAGGGCGUAGAGCCGUCGGCGAGUCACCGACAGCAACUGUCGAGGCUGACGGGAGGAAUACAAAUCUCAUCACAGCCCGGGCCAUAUUUCCUUCUAGGGUUAGACAUGUACGCCAAGGCAACAUCUCCUCUCCGUCGAUUCUCAGAUCUUCUCGUCCAUUGGCAAAUACACGCAGCAUUGGCAUACGAACGGGAAAGCCAGCGAAAAAUUGACCCAACAAUGGACUCCCUGGACGCCAUUCUUCCGUUCUCUAAUACCUCGUUAAGCAAUACGCUCCCACUGCUACAAACGCGUGAGAAAAUGGCCCGGACCAUCUCGCGGGGUACGUUGGAUUGGAUUCUCAUCGCACUUGUCCGAGCGUGGCGUUUUGAGGACAAGGCGCCGCGCACGCUUCGCUUCACCGUCGACUCACGCUGGCGUCAGGGCGUCCUGGGCCGUCUGGAUAUGUUUGACCUGAACGCCGCCAUGGACAUUGCCGGACUGAACGGAUGUCGGCUUGUGAAGGACGUCCGAGUCGGCGACGAGUUCGAAGUCGAGUUGGCAGAUGUCAAUGUGCACUCUCGGCAGAUUCUUGUCAAGGCACUGCGAUAUCUCCCCAGUGACACCGCCAAGAUUGUGCUGCCGUAA